GCACCCCACCCGUCGGACCCGAACGCCAGGCAGGCGUGCAGCUAUAAUGGAGCGCGGAUGGGUCCCAAGAAGCGGCCCCCCAGCUGCCCCCUCUUUCCUGCAUUAUUAGCUCCCUCCCUCUGAGGGGCUGCCGGGGAGUGGGGCGAACACGGGCCCUCUUCCCCAUAGUCGCGUUCCUGGCUGGAGAGUUUGUCUGGUGCCGACUCCGAGCGCGGCAGACAGAAGUCGAGUCUCCGAGCGCGCCAAGUUGCGAGGCGAAGGAAGGCGCUAAAACUCCGUCCCAAGCGGAGCCGCCACGUCUCCUUUCCCCAGCGGGGCAGGGGCAGCCGCUCCUCCUCACCCCUUUCCUUCCCUUCCCACCGCGGGGGAGACCGGCGCUGCCGCCUCGACGUGGGGGAGGGGGGCGGCGGGCUGCUGCGCCCACACAGCGCUCCUCUCCCCCACCCGCUCCGGGGUGCCGGGGGGCUCCGCGAGGAGGCUGAGCCCUCCCGCCCCCGCGCCUGCUUCCCUGAUAUAAGGAGCCGCGUGGAUGGCAGCUGCCCAGCCUGAGCCCAACAAGGAGCCGCCGCUGCCAGCUGAGCCGCACCAUGCAGCAGCGGAGACCCGCCACCUUGGCGCUACUCUGCCUGGCCCUGGCCCCGCUCCUCAGCCCGCCCGGCGCCGAGGCCUGGUACAAGCAGGCGACUGGCCCCAGCUACUACUCGGUGGGGAGAGCCUCGGGGCUGCUGUCCGGCAUCCGACGCUCGCCCUACAUCCGACGCUCCGACGACGACGACAGCAGCAGCAGCGCCGAGAGUGGCCCCGCCGCCGGCUCAGCCACCUCCUUCCUAGCGCCCGAGCCGCGCCACAGCACCGGCGGGCUGCGUAACAUGGCGGUGUGUGUGAAAGAAGUGGCCCCGGAGCUGCAGAGCUGCCAGCUGCUGCCCGGCAUGCCCAGCAUCAUUCAGUGCAAAGCCGAUGUCACCGUCUCGCUGGAUCCCGCCGACUGCACCACCAGCCCGUGAUGAGCCCUGCCGGGGCGGGCUUUCUGUGGCUCAGGUCGGAGCCCCCACCUGGGCUGGGCGGACAGAAGCAGGCAGAAGGCGGGUUCGUGCCUCUGACCAAAGCCCCCGGGAGGCGAGGGACGCUCUCCCUUCUGCUUCUGCUUCCCGCCCCCUGCCCCUAUUUGCAUCUGGUAAUAAUAAAUGCGCCUUAAACCGC